CCCCCGAUUCGAUUCGAUUCGACCUCACGGUCCCCGCAGCUCUCAGCUUGGUCUUCGUGGUCGCGGUCGUGGUCGUGGGCGCCCAACUCUACCGUCUACCGAACGUACUGUACAUACUUUGCAUAGAUGAAUGUCAAGCCGGACCCCUCCAGAUCUUCCGUAUGGUCCAUCGGCCACCCAAUCACAGGGCAUCAUCACAAGGCAUCGCGGACAGGGGAGGAGGGGGGGCUGAGACCACGGGCGGGCCAUGCCGGACUCCUGCUGCUGCUGCUGCUGCUGCUGCCGCUGUUGCCUCUGUCCAGUUGUCCAGUCAUCCAGUCAUCCCGGAUCACGGCCUCAACUCCAAAACUUGAAGUUAUCAUCUCAGAACAACGCCUUUAUCCGGGAAAGGAGUCAAACUACCCGAAGGCGGUCGACCUCCCCCUCCCCCUCUCCCCGAUAAGAAACCUGCUUUACUCGAAACAAGAUCAACUGCUCUAGAAUCGAUCGACACAAAAAGUCACAACCUUCGUCUUGUCAAACUUGUUCUAGCCCGCGCCGCUCCGGAAGAAACCUGGAGGCGCGACGGAAAAUCCUCGAAUCAACAUGCAUGUGUGGCACCAACAUUGCCAAUCUUGCUGAGUUCGCGUCCAAGACUGUGUCUUUGUGGCGGUUGAUUGGAGAGAUGCGGGCGUGGUGUGGUGUGGUUCUGAU